UAAAGCCCUCCGUGGCCACGCUCCCUCAUUCACUUCCUGUAAACAAAGCAGUAGCUGUUUGUCACUGUCUAGCUGUACUUUGGCGUUUUCAACGAUGGCUCAAGGCGGGCUGCUCCUGGACAAGGACCAGUUCAACUGCUCCAUCUGCCUGGACGUACUGAAGGACCCGGUUACUAUACCGUGCGGACACAGCUACUGCUCGGGCUGCAUCCAGAACUACUGGGACCAGGACGACUACCUCGGGGUUUAUGUCUGUCCGCAGUGCCGACAGAACUUCAACCCGAGGCCGCUGCUCGCCAGGAACACCAUUCUGGCCGACGUGGUGGAGAUAUUCAAGAACACGAGACUCCAUGACGCCGCGGCACCGACAGCUGGCCGAACUUUUGCCGAAGCCGGCGACGUGGAGUGUGACGUCUGCAUCGGGUUGAAGAGCAAAGCGGUCAGCUCCUGCCUGGUUUGUCUGGCGUCAUACUGCGAUGAUCACGUUCGGCCUCACUACGAGUCCUCAGCCUUCAAGAAACACAAGCUGGUGGCUGCCUCCAAGCGGCUCCAGGAGACCAUUUGUCCGCGACAUGACAAGCUGCUCGAGGUGUACUGUCGGACCGACAAGCGCUGCAUCUGCUCCCUGUGUCUGACCGACGAGCACAAAGGGCACGACACGGUGCUGGCUGAGGAGGAGAUACAGCAGAAGAAGAGGCAGCUCAAUGAGAUCAAGCAGAGCUCCCAGCUGAGGAUUCAGCAAAGAGAAAAGGAGGUGCAGGAGCUGAGAAAAGCCAUUUUCUCUCUCAGUCGUUCGGCUCGUGCAGCAGCCGAGGAGAGCGACGCCGUCUUCUCUGAGCUGAUUCGGUCGAUAGAGCUGAAGCGCUUUGAGGUUAGAGAGCUGAUUAAAGCUCAGGAGAAGACGGCCAUCGGUGAGGCGGAGAAGCUGCUGGAGCAGAUUCAGAAGGAGAUCACAGAGCUGAAGAAGAAUGAAGAUGAAUUGGAUAAGCUUUCCCACGCUGAAGACCCCAUCCAUUUCCUUCAGAGCUGUCAGUCCUUCCACGCUCCACCUGUGCUGUCGGCUUCGCCGUUGGUUACAUCGGACCCAGACUUCACCUUCUGCCCGGUGAUGACAGCUGUGUCAGAUUUUAAAGCGCUUCUGCAGGAGGUGUGUCAGGACGGAUGUGUCAGCAUUUAUGAGAGAGUGAGAAAUAUAGUAAUUGUAAGGAAUCCAGAUCUCGCAGUCCAGUCUGACUGCACGGUGGUGGAUCGAAGUGAUAAUCUGGGAGCUGUGCAAAUGGAAGCAGCUGCAUUGAUCCCUUCGCCUGGUCUAGACCAAAGUCACGUGAGCCCUCUCAACCCCUUCCUCACUCCAGGACCUCCAGCGUUUUCCUUCUCACCAUUUGGCUCUAAAUUCUCCUCGGGAUCCAGACAUAAGCACCCUCCACGACGUGCUCACCCCAGGAGGAAAUAAGACUUCUUACGGACAUCAGACUUCACUUUCAUACACUCACACUGAUGAAUGUCAUUAUACUCAAGUGCUCUCCACACACAAAGCCACACUACCACUUGUAAUUGCUGUUUUUUUUAAAUUCUGCUAUACUCAAAUUUAAGCAGUGUUGGGAAAGGCACGAGGAAAGCAUCUGUGAAGAUCGCACUGACGAUGUAUUCAGCAGCAACAAGCAGGACUGACUUACUGCAUUUUAUUUCAGUGUUAGAUGCUUUUAUAGGUAUAUUAUUUAUUUUUUUAACCCUGUAAACCUCUGUAAACAGUCAUAUUUGCUUCAAUGAUAAUGUGGAUUAUGUGACAUGCUGACAUUAAAAAACAAUCGCACUA